GGAGGGCAAAGGUGAAGCUGUCGGUGGGAGGUUGUCCCUUUCCAGCCCGAUCGGUAUGACCAGCGACUUCCGGCAGCGGGAGUCGGGCACCGAGAUGAGCUCAACAUGCUUCGAAAGGGAGAAUAAAACAACACCUUUGCAAAUCUCUGCAACAUCUAGUAACCCUGUGAUCCCUGUCUCAAAGGCUGAUGUCAAAACAUCUUUCAAGAAGGUGAACUCCUGCAAGGCAUCAGGUUCUGAUGAUGUACCUGGUAGGGCAUCAAAAACCUGUGCCAACCAAUUGGCAGGUGUGUUCAAGGACAUCUCUAAUCUGCCACUGCUGCAGUCACUUCAAAAAGAUAACAAUCAUACCAGUGCCCAAGAAGAGCAGGGCGAGUUGCCUCAGUGACUAUCGCCCAGCGACAUUCACAUCUACUGUGAUGAAGUGCUUUGAGAGGUUUGUUAUGACCCACUGCAAUUUGCCUAUUACCACAGUAGGUCUACAGCAGAUGCAGUCUCACUGUUUCUCCAUUCAGCCUUGGAUCACCUGGACAAUAGUAAGAUCUACAUCGGGCUGUUGUUCAAUACAAUCAUACCUUCAGUUCUAAUCAACUAACUCCAAAACCUGUUACCUUCGUCUGCAACUGAAUCCUUGACUUCCUUGCCAGGAGAUCACAGCCUGUGCAGAUCGGAAAUAACAUCUCUUCACUGAUGAUCAACACUGGCACACCUUAAGGAUGCCCACUGCUCUACUCUCUUUAUACCCAUGAUUGUGUGGCUAAACACAACUCAAAUGCCAUCUAUAAAUUUGCCGAUGACAUAACUAUUGUUGGCAGAAUUUCAGAUGAUAACGAGGAAGCAUACAGGAGCAAGCUAGAUCAGAUGGUUGAUCGGUGUUGUAACAACAACCAGGCACUCAACCAAGGAAAUUAUUGUGGACUUCUGGAAGGGAAAGUCAAGGGAACACAUGCCAGUCCUCAUCAAGGUAUCAGCAGUGGAAAGAGUGAGCAUUUUCAAGUUCUGGGAUUUCAGCAUCUCUGAAGAUCUAUGCUGGACUGAACAUAUUGAUGCAAUUACAAAGAAGAUAUGACAGCAGCUUUAUUUCAUUAGGAGUUCGAGGAGAUUUAGUGUGUCACCACAGACUUGCAAAUCGCUACAGGUGUACCGCGGAGAGCGUUCUAACUGGUCACAUCACCAUCUGGUGUGGAGGGGCCACUGCGCAGGAGUGGGAAAAGCUGCAGAAAGUUGUAAGCUCAGCCAGCUCCAACAUGGGCACUAGCAUCAAGGACACUUUCAAAAAACGAUCCCUUAAAAAGGCAGCAUUCAUCAUCAAGUAACCCCGUCACCCAGGACAUGCCCUCAUCUCAUUGCUACCAUCAUGGAGGAGGUACAGCUGCUUGCUCGACUCAAAGGGAGAAGUUCUGUGAAGCAUCUUGAGCCACGGCUUUUUACCAGGGAAGGGUUGCUGAAUCAUGGAAAUACGGUCGAGUUCCAUGGCCCAGAAGGAACAGGGAAGACAGAAAUGCUUUAUCACCUGGUGGCAUCCUGCAUCCUCCCAGAAUCAACUGGUGGGCUCCAGGUUGAGUUGGUCUUCAUUGACACAGAGUGUCAUUUUGACAUGCUUCGCCUGGUCACCAUUUUGGAGCAUCGCUUGGCUCAGAGCACGGAGGAAUCAGUUAAGCAGUGCCUGGGCCGCCUGUUUCUCGUCCACUGCAACAGCAGUACCCAGCUUCUGCUGCUCUUCCACUCUCUGGAAAGCAUGGUUUGCAGCCAUCCUGCUCUCUGCCUGCUGAUUGUGGACAGUAUGUCUGCCUUCUACUGGAUUGACAGACAGAACGGUGGUGAGAGCAUCAGCCAGCAGGAAGCCAACCUGGGCCGCUGCGUUGAGUGCCUGGAGAAGCUGUUGAGUGAGUACCAGCUAGUGUUAAUUGCAACCACACAGGCCCUGAUGCGCGGGCAGGGUCCUGAGGCAUCCAGGACAGAUGGAUCUGCUGCAGCCUGGCAGCCAGCAGCCGCAGAAUUUAAACCCUAUCUGUGUAAAUCCUGGCAAAAACUGGUCGGGCAUAGGUUCAUUUUCUCAAAAAACACCACAGCAGACAACAGGCAAGAGUUUGCUGCUGUUUCUCUUCAGCCAAGAAGCAACAUCGUGAGCAGAUGCUCCUUUAUUAUUACAGAUGGUGGAGUACAUUUUCUUUAACCCAUCAGUAUUACUUUCUUAAACAAUAACCACUGGAGAUCCUUGUGAGUGUACACGUGAGGAAGUGCCCUCUUUUGGCUUAGUAGUACACAAAACGCUGGAGGAACUCAGCAGGUCAGGCAGCAUCUAUGGAAAAGAACAAAAAGUCGAUGUUUUGGGCCACUUCCCUUCAUCAGGACUAGGCCCAAAAUGUUGGCUCUUUAUUCAUUUCCAUAGAUGCUGCCUGACCUGCUGAGUUCCUCCAGCAUAAUGUGUCUGUUACUCUGGAUUUCCAGCAUCUGCAGGAUCUCUUGUAUUUUCUCUUUUGGCCUGCUCUGGUU